CUUGAACUCAAACUAAAGUACCCGUCAGAAACUGAUGCAACAAGUGCUCAACUAAGAAGGCAAGAGAACCGCAGCGAUGGACCGCUCCAAGCAGAACAAGUACAGCUCAAACGAGAAGAAGGACAACGGGGACGGCGGCUCCGUGCUCAACGGCCACUUUGACGGGAUGGUGAAGCGGGCAGCCGGCGGUCCUCAGGCACCGGCAGCAGAAUCCGCUCCGCACCGGUCGACCUCCGCUGUGAUGGAGAGCUGGAAGGAGGAGCGCACCAGGAGCCUGGAGGACAACGAGAUGAGCUUGCCGUCCCUGGCCGCUGCCUACACCACCAUCCUGCGGGGUCUCGGGGAAAACCCGCAGCGGCAGGGACUCCUCAAAACCCCCUGGAGGGCUGCCACGGCCAUGCAGUUCUUCACUAAAGGCUACCAGGAGAAAAUUAUCGACGUACUGAAUGACGCCAUCUUCGAUGAAGACCACGAUGAGAUGGUGAUAGUGAAAGACAUCGACAUGUUCUCCAUGUGUGAACAUCACCUGGUGCCCAUCUUUGGCAGGGUUCACAUUGGAUACCUCCCAAACAAGAGAGUUCUGGGCCUCAGCAAGCUAGCCAGGAUUGUUGAGAUCUACAGCCGUCGACUACAAGUUCAGGAGAGGUUGACCAAACAAAUCGCUGUAGCUAUUACAGAGGCACUGCAGCCCACUGGGGUCGGAGUUGUCAUUGAGGCAACUCACAUGUGUAUGGUGAUGCGAGGCGUUCAGAAGAUGAACAGUAAAACCGUCACCAGCACCAUGCUGGGGAACUUUAGAGAGGAUCCAAAAACCCGCGACGAGUUUCUGAGGCUCAUCAAAAGUUGAGGGGGAUGAAGCUUCUCGCCUUCCUCCUGUUGCCUGGGGUUACCUCCAACCUACAUGAACCAGCUGCCGUGCUACCUGCGUGUGUGUGUGAGCGUGUUUGUACAAGUGUGUGCGUGUGUUUGUUUCCAUCUCAUCAAAGGCAGAGGCGGGUGUUUUCUGUGUUAUUGUGCUCAUCGGAUAAAGUGAACUGUUACCUCUGUGAUUUUAGUGCGAGGCCACUGGUUUACACGUUGUUUGCUUUUAGACAACGGGACAGACUUUGAGCUCUUUUGUGUUGUGUGUGUGUGUGCUCGUCGUUCAAAUAUCAGUCACAGGCCUCGAGGAAAAAUGGAAGGACAGUUUAUGGAGAGAAUUCCCUCCCUGUAAAAGUAACCGGUCCUUUUAACUCCUCCGGAUACUCACAGACACAAGUUAAUAACACAAAGACAAAAACAAACCAACAGCAUAAAUAUUUCCACCAGUAUUUCCUUAAUUAUCUGUAAUUUUGACACUAAGCGGUUCAGAUUUUGUUGACUGAAAGCCAUAAAAAACAAAACAAAAAUACUUUUAGGUUUGAAAAACUAAGGAAUCAGAAUCCAGAGAAUGUCCUCACUAAAAGCGGUGCCUAUGUUAAGUCAGUAGAUUCAGAGAGAACAUCAAGCAACACUUGGCAGCUAACCCUGACCAAAGUGCAUUAGAAAAACAUCAAAUAUUUCCAUUACAGUCUAACAGCCCAGAGGAGUCCGUGUCACUACAAGCCCUUUUUAAAUUAACGGCUUCAUCUGUCUAUUAAUGUGGUAGCACUUGGUCAAACGUGCAAACUCAGAUACUUAUAGUCAAUGUUGCCUCUAAAUUUUCAUGUCUCUGAGCGAACACACAAUCUCCCUGAGCAGUCCCUUGAACCACUGUGAGCAACAUUAGACGUGUGCACUGUGGUCACGCCAGCAUC